AUGGAGCUGAAGAGAGCAGACAUGGCUGAUGCAGCGUGCCCUCGCAGAAGCCCAGGCGGAGAAACUGCAUUCUGGAGAAAGAAGUUUCUCAUCGUUGUGACAGGCGCCAGCGGAGGCAUUGGCAGGGGCAUAGCGGCCAGUUUCGCCGAACACGUCGCGGAAGGAUCGCUCCUCGUCAUUACGGGUCGAAACACGGCCGGUCUCGAAGAAACAAAGCGGAUUAUCGCAGCUCUGGGACGCGAAGUCAACGUGAGCGUCGAGACCUGCGACCACUCCAGGGCCCUUUUCCGGGACUACCAGGACCUUCUGGAACGAGCGUCGGCUCGACUCCCGGAUCCGGACAGGGUUGUGCUCCUGCACAACGCCGCGACGAUUGGAAACUGCUCCGACUAUGCCGUGUCAUACGACGACGAGAGAGCGAUCGGCGACUACUACCGCUUGAAUCUAACGUCCGUCAUGACGCUGACCGCGGCGUUCCUCCGGCGCUAUGACUCUGACUCGGGUCCGACGCGAACCAUCGUCAACGUCUCGUCCAUUACGGGGAUCAAGGCAGUACCGAGGCUCGGCCUAUACUGCACAGGCAAGGCAGCCCGGGAGAUGUUCAUGAGAGUGGUGGCCGCAGAGAACCCGUCGGUGACCGUCUGCAGUUACGAUCCUGGAGUGGUGGCUACAGCCAUGCUCAAAGAAAUCUGCGGCUCCCGCUAUGAAGAUAUGGUCAAAACUGGCAAUGUCAUCAGCCCGGAGGUGACUGCCAACCGACUCAUCCGCAUCCUCGAACACGGAAACUUCAAUUCCGGGGAACAUGUCUGUCACACGGACGCUCCCUAAUGUUGGAUCGAGUUCGAGCAGGUUGAAUCGCGGUGUUGACGGGCAAAGUCGCGCUGUCACUGGUUUCUUCUAUCAACAUGUGAUGAAGAAGCGGAGAUAGAGUGGCGUCACGGACGACCUCAAUUCAAUAUUUCCUUAUCUUUACUCGUCUCUCUACGAGUGAUCUGUUAAUAAAAUAACGUGUGCAUUUCGUAAACUGUCUCGUAACGUCUGCAUUAAAGUCUUGGAAA